AUGCUGAAGGACCUGCUCCUCCUCUUACUUUUUCCAUUCUUCACGAAUGAAGAACUUGCUGGUUAUCACAUGCGGGUUCUUCUUGAGAGGUUGUUUGCCCAGACCCAGAAACUAGAACAACAGAUUGGCAGAAAUAUUUAUUUUCCUCAGGUUGCUGAGCUGGGACUAAAUCUUGGCAAGCUAGAGUCGGAUUUGCAGGAUGCUCUUGCAGCCUUGAAGAAAAAGGAAGAAGAUAUUCAAGAUACAGAGAGAAAAGUAUUGAUGGAGUACAAUGAAUUAAACCGUGCAAAGAUAGAAUUGGAGCAACGUGUGGAGGAGAUGGCAGUUGCUAAUUCUAGGCAGGAAAAACUGGAAAAUGAGCUAAGGCAGGCUAAUCUGAUCUUAGUAUCUCAAGCUGCAGAAAUUGAAGAUCUAAAGUUUCGUUUCAACGAGAUAGAUCAGGAGAUAUCUGCUGCGCAAACAGCCCUAGUUUCAAAAGAAGAUGAAAUAAAUAAAAUGAUGAUUGAGUUGAAGAAUAAAAGUGAUGAAGCGGCUAAUACUGAAUCACAACUCAGAACCAAGGGUGAACUACUCGAUACAGCAAAUGAAGUAGUUCAAAGACAGGAGGUUGAACUACAAAAUCUCCGAAGAGAAAUUCAAGAGAAAGAGAAAGAGCUACAAGUCUUCUUGACGAUGCAGAAAACCGAAGAAGAGAAACUUAAAGUUUCCAAAUCCAAUUUGGAGAAGCAGGCAAUGGAUUGGCUCAUAGCAAAGCAAGAAAUGAAGAAAUUGGAAGAGGAAACAUCUAAAUAUGGUGGAGAAGCAAAUCGGUCCCUAGAGGAUUUCAGAAGAGUCAAGAAGCUACUUGCCAAUGUAAGGUCUGAGUUAGUCUCAUCUCAGAGAGCUUUGACAUCCUCUAGAAAGAAAAUGGAAGAGCAGGAAAAUCUAUUAGAAGAUUGUCUCGAAGAACUUGAAGAGCAGAGAAGAAGUGUUAUGUCUUACAUGACAAGUUUGAAAGAAGCUCAAAAUGAGGUAGAGAAUGAGAAAGUGCAACUUACGGUUGCUGAAGCUCGAAACAAAGAACUUGAGAGGGAUUUAUCCAUAGAAAAGGAGCUCGUUGAGGAGUUGCAGACUGAGAAUAAUAUUAAGAAAUCUUCUCUGCAUGUAGCUAUCAAUGAAAAAUCUGCUCUCCAGGAGGAGCUUGACUGUAAGAGUGCAGAGUUCGGAGAAACACAGAAUCUUCUUCAGGUUAAAGAGUCAGAGCUAGUAGAUGCUAGAUUAGAGAUUCAGCACUUGAAGUCUCAGUGCGCUUCUCUUCAGCUGAUGUUGGAAGAAAAAGAUAAGGAACUUCUGGAUUCAAGAAAGACAUUAGAUGAACUAAAUCAGGAAAUAGCUGAGCUGAGGGUGAACAUGAACAGUCAAGAACAGCAACUUAUUCAGGCAACAAGUAUGUUGAAAGAAAAAGAGGAAUCCAUGCAGAUAAUGCAACUUGAGUUAAAUGAUACAAAAAUGAAAUAUUCAGAAGCUGAGACCGUUGUGGAACAUAUGGUAGACCUGACUAACAAAUUGGUUAUUUCUGUUAAGGAUGACGUGUUGAGCCCACUCAGUCACACAGAUGAAAUGUGGUCAUCUCAGCUGGUGGAGAAACCAACUGAUGCUUUUAUGUGGCACAAAAACCAGCUUGAAAAUGAACUUGAGUUAACCAGAGAAAGCCUGAGGAGUAGAGAAAUGGAUUCUCUUGCAGCACAAAGGGCUCUUAAACUCAAAGAGCAGGAGCUCAAAAUAGUUCGUCAAAAAUUAAAUGAUAGGGAGGAAGAAAUAAAUAAAAUGAAGAAUAUGACCCGGGACGCGGAUGGCCUAAGGCAAUCUUAUGUUUUGGCACAGGAAAGAACAGGUGAAAAGAGCACUGGAGAUCUGGCAGUUGAAAAGCUCCAAUUCGAAGGAGCUUUGGAAGUUGAAGCUGCAACCAGUGCUCUCCAGAAACUCGCUGAACUCAGCCGUGACCUUUUGAAUAAAGCUAGUUUGACCAUUGAGGCUGACUAUGAUAGCAGCCUUUUGUUGGUUGACAUCCCAGAAACUGCAGCAAAUGUCUCUAGCAGUUUUGAGUGUCUUGCUGAAGUUUAUUCAGAGAUGGCACAACUUUCAGCUUUGAGUGAGAAGCUAGUGAAAGAAGCUGGUAUUUUAUGCCCCCAGUAGAGUUUAAUGAAAUUAAUGAUAGUUCUCUACACAUGCCUCUAACCAUUUGCUUGCCUACAGUUGCGAAUGAGCGUAGGAUAUUUGUUUGCUGUUUUAACUCUUCCUGGAUACAAGUUUAUAAUUGUUUCAUUUAUCCUUGUAUGCGAUAGUGAGAAUUCUGG